GCCGCUGUUGGGGGUGGGGGUGGAGCUCGUGCGUGGCCUCGCGCCUUUCCUUGGUGGCGGGAAAACUGGGUCGAGGUUGGAGGAGCUUUUGGAAUCACGGCAGUAGCUCGUUCUGCUCCUCGCUCUUAGGUCCUCUUCGCUUCGGAAGUAGAUUUCAGUAUUUGCUAUUGUGGAAGAAAAUACUUCAUCCAAAACAGAAGAGCAGAGACGAGUUGUCAGACAGAGACUUCCUGGCUUUCCCUUCUCUAUUGAUCAGAGGCAUAAAGAAAGUAUAGCUUCUGAGCUGAAUGAUGACAACCUUGCAGAGUAAAGAAGAAGGUGGGAAGGGACCGAAGAAAACUUUUGCCCCACCUGCACAAAAAUUGCAUAGCCUGAUGCCCUGUAGCCUUAACUCAUCUAAGGAGGAGAUCCUGGGGAUCAGUUCCCCAGAGGCAGAGGCCAGGCCAAGCCUGCUACAGGCCAGGUUAGAGAAGAAAGAGGAGAAAGCAACCACAGAAAAUGGUCCAGGCGGUGGCCAGGAAAUAAAAAGAAAGGCCCAAAACGAGAAGAAAGCAGAGAAGAAAGAAAAGGAAAAAUCAAGUCUUACAGAUGCAGAAUUUGAAGAGAUUGUCCAGAUUGUGCUACGGAAGUCCCUCCAGGAGUGCCUGGAGACUUCCUGUGCCCAGCCUACAAGAUGUACACAAUUAGACAAGGAACCAGGAAUCUCUUCUGUUACUGAUAAUGAUAGUGCUGAUGGAGAGAGGGUAGUGGUACCUCAUAUUCUAGAGAUUUCAGCCUCUAAGGAAGGUGGAGUAAUCCCUGAGAUAAAGACAUCUAAGCCAGGCCAUCCAGAUCCUGCAUCCUCUGAGAAGAAAUUUGGUAGAUUCUCCUUAAGCAAAAGAAAGAAGGAAGCUCAAUAUGAGAAAAUGGAGGAAGCCCAAAGUGGACAUGAGCACAGACAGAAAGACCAACUGAAGAAAAUUGUUCAGGGUCAUUCUCAGAUCAGGGACCAACAAAAACGAGAGGGAAGUGGUUUUGGUCAGUGCCUAGUCUGGGUCCAGUGUUCCUCCCCAAACUGUGAGAAAUGGAGGCGGCUACGUGGGAACAUUGACCCCUCAGUGCUCCCAGAUAAUUGGUCCUGUGACCAGAAUACAGACUUGGAGUAUAACCGCUGUGAUAUCCCUGAGGAGACCUGGAUAGGACGCGAGAGUGACGUGGCCUAUGCCUCCUACAUCCCAGGGUCCAUCAUCUGGGCCAAACAAUAUGGUUACCCCUGGUGGCCAGGCAUGGUAGAAUCUGAUCCUGACUUAGGGGAAUAUUUUCUUUUUGCUUCUCAUCUUGAUUCCCUGCCGUCCAAGUACCAUGUGACAUUUUUUGGAGAAACAGUCUCUCGUGCUUGGAUCCCAGUGAAUAUGUUAAAGAACUUCCAGGAGCUGUCCCUGGAGCUAGCUGGAUUGGGGAAGCUGUGUCGGGAGAAAGUCCCAUGUCUGACCACGUGUGCAAAGAAAAAGUGCAGGAAUAAGGACUGCAGCCAGAAACUGGGGGCAGCCCUGAUGAUGGCUCAAGAGGCAGAGCAGAUCAGUAUUCAGGAGCGGGUUAACUUGUUUGGUUUCUGGAGCCGAUACAGUGGAUCUGACGAUAGUGGGGGAGGAAAAGACUUAAUGCUGUCUGCAGCUAACAGCUCAGAUUCCUGCUUGGAGAAAGAAGAGGAAGAGUCAGAGUUGGAAGAGGAGGAGGAAGAAGAGGAGCAAGAGAAAAAAGAUCCAACUUUGCCUAGUCCCAAGCCAGCCAAAAUUCAGACAAAAAAACCUAAGGCAAGAGGUGCGGCAAAUGGACAAGAUGGGACCCCACAAAGGAAGACAGUGAAGAGAUCUCUGGGAAGUGAACCUGCAGCUCCACCUGUCCCCAUGAUGGAAAGGAAAGAAGGGCAUGGGAAUUCUGAACCUCAGCAGCCAGGCCCUAAGAAGAAAUUUAAAGCUCCCCAAAGCAGGGCCUCAGUAAGCCACUCGUCUGAGGGAAAAGAAGCUAGAAUAGUGCCAGAGGGCCUGACCCCACCAGGUCCUCGUGGGGCCUGUCUUGUGACAGGGAAAAAAGGGCCUGGAUCUCAGGAGCCACAGCCUCAGGAGGCUAGAAGUAUCCCCUCUGACGAUGAAGCCUCCAGUGACUUGGACCUGGACCAACUCAUGGAGGAUGUUGGAAAAGAGCCGGAGCAGGAGGAGGAGCUGCAGCACAGAGACGACACAGGGCAGUCCGCCAGGGCCUUCUUUGAGGAAUAGCCCUGUGCUCACGCCUCCUUUCUGCUCUCUCACCCCUUCCCUGGGAGCAGGAGGGAUGCCUCUCAGAGGAUCCCUGUGAAGCUGUUAAGAGUUGGGGUUAUUCAUUGGCUUUGAGGUUAACUGGUUAAAGUCAGAGCUGUGCAGUUUGUGUGUUAAUAAACCAGGUUACUGGUUUGGUUGGUUUAGUUUA